ACCCCGUGGCCAGCAGCUAGACAGCUGUGUUCAAUCAGAAACCACUUACAACUCCAGACGAUUCGAAGGGGAAACUUCGGCGUGAAGUGCAGCUCCGCUCCGGCUCCCUCUAGCUUUCUUUCCUUCUCUGGAAUCCGAGGCGCGGAUCUUCCUCGCCCCACCGCCCUAGUUUUUUCGGGAGCUCGCCGGUGCCCUCUAGGGUGUCGGCUUGUGCUGGGAGGUGCCCUCCAUCCUGGUAAUGGGGGGCGGCGAGGCACCGUAGGAGUGGCGAGGCGGCGCCCAGGGUGGCACUGCCCCGGAACGGGGCGCUGGGUGCGCGCGGGAGGGUCCCCGCGCGGGCUCCGCCGCUGCCGCAGCUGCGAGCGCGCCGCGCCACCGAGCCUCCUGCAGCAAUGGCUCGUCCGUGAAACGCGAGCCACGGCUGCUCCUUUUAAGAGUGCCUGCAUCCUCCGUUUGCGCUUCGCAACUGUCCUGGGUGAAAAUGGCUGUCUAGACUAAAAUGUGGCAGAAGGGACCAAGCAGUGGAUAUUGAGCCUGUGAAGUCCAACUCUUAAGCUCCGAGACCUAGGGGACUGAGAGCCCAGCUCUGAAAAGUGCAUCAUGAAUUCUGGAGUUGCCAUGAAAUAUGGAAACGACUCCUCGGCCGAGCUGAGUGAGCUCCAUUCGGCAGCCCUGGCAUCACUAAAGGGAGAUAUAGUGGAACUUAAUAAACGUCUCCAGCAAACAGAGAGGGAACGGGACCUUCUGGAAAAGAAAUUGGCCAAGGCACAGUGCGAGCAGUCCCACCUCAUGAGAGAGCAUGAGGAUGUCCAGGAGCGAACGACGCUUCGCUAUGAGGAACGCAUCACAGAGCUCCACAGCGUCAUUGCAGAGCUCAACAAGAAGAUAGACCGUCUGCAAGGCACCACCAUCAGGGAGGAAGAUGAGUACUCAGAACUGCGAUCAGAACUCAGCCAGAGCCAACACGAGGUCAACGAGGACUCUCGAAGCAUGGACCAAGACCAGACCUCUGUCUCUAUCCCCGAAAACCAGUCUACCAUGGUUACUGCUGACAUGGACAACUGCAGUGACCUGAACUCAGAACUGCAGAGGGUGCUGACAGGGCUGGAGAAUGUCGUCUGCGGCAGGAAGAAGAGCAGCUGCAGCCUCUCCGUGGCCGAGGUGGACAGGCACAUUGAGCAGCUCACCACGGCCAGCGAGCACUGUGACCUGGCUAUUAAGACAGUCGAGGAGAUUGAGGGGGUGCUUGGCCGGGACCUGUAUCCCAACCUGGCUGAAGAGAGGUCUCGGUGGGAGAAGGAGCUGGCUGGGCUGAGGGAAGAGAAUGAGAGCCUGACUGCCAUGCUGUGUAGCAAAGAGGAAGAACUGAACCGGACUAAGGCCACCAUGAAUGCCAUCCGGGAAGAGCGGGACCGGCUCCGGAGGAGGGUCAGAGAGCUUCAAACUCGACUACAGAGCGUGCAGGCCACAGGUCCCUCCAGCCCUGGCCGCCUCACUUCCACCAACCGCCCGAUUAACCCCAGCACUGGGGAGCUGAGCACAAGCAGCAGCAGCAAUGACAUUCCCAUCGCCAAGAUUGCUGAGAGGGUGAAGCUAUCAAAGACAAGGUCCGAAUCGUCGUCAUCUGAUCGGCCAGUCCUGGGCUCAGAAAUCAGUAGCAUAGGGGUAUCCAGCAGUGUGGCUGAGCACCUGGCCCACUCACUUCAGGACUGCUCCAAUAUCCAAGAGAUUUUCCAAACACUCUACUCACACGGAUCUGCCAUCUCAGAAAGCAAGAUUAGAGAGUUUGAGGUGGAAACAGAACGGCUGAAUAGCCGGAUUGAGCACCUCAAAUCCCAAAAUGACCUCCUGACCAUAACCCUGGAGGAAUGUAAAAGCAAUGCCGAGAGGAUGAGCAUGCUGGUGGGAAAAUACGAAUCCAAUGCCACAGCGCUGAGGCUGGCCUUGCAGUACAGCGAGCAGUGCAUCGAAGCCUACGAACUCCUCCUGGCGCUGGCAGAGAGUGAGCAGAGCCUCAUCCUGGGGCAGUUCCGAGCGGCGGGCGUGGGGUCCUCCCCUGGAGACCAGUCGGGGGAUGAAAACAUCACUCAGAUGCUCAAGCGAGCUCAUGACUGCCGGAAGACAGCUGAGAACGCUGCCAAGGCCCUGCUCAUGAAGCUGGACGGCAGCUGUGGGGGAGCCUUUGCCGUGGCCGGCUGCAGCGUGCAGCCCUGGGAGAGCCUUUCCUCCAACAGCCACACCAGCACAACCAGCUCCACAGCCAGUAGUUGCGACACCGAGUUCACUAAAGAAGACGAGCAGAGGCUGAAGGAUUAUAUCCAGCAGCUCAAGAAUGACAGGGCUGCGGUCAAGCUGACCAUGCUGGAGCUGGAAAGCAUCCACAUCGAUCCUCUCAGCUAUGACGUCAAGCCUCGGGGAGACAGCCAGAGGCUGGAUCUGGAAAACGCAGUGCUUAUGCAGGAGCUCAUGGCCAUGAAGGAGGAGAUGGCCGAGCUGAAGGCCCAGCUCUACCUACUGGAGAAAGAGAAGAAGGCCCUGGAGCUGAAGCUGAGCACGCGGGAGGCCCAGGAGCAGGCCUACCUGGUGCACAUUGAGCACCUGAAGUCCGAGGUGGAGGAGCAGAAGGAGCAGCGGAUGCGAUCCCUCAGCUCCACUAGCAGUGGCAGCAAAGACAAACCCGGCAAGGCCUGCAGCUCGGUAGCACUCAUGUCCGUUGAGAGAUCAUCCGAUGAAUGCCUUCCCCCGGCCAUGGAGUGUGCUGAUGCUGCCUCCCCAGCUCUGUCCCUAGCCGAACUCAGGACAACGUGCAGCGAGAAUGAGCUGGCUGCGGAGUUCACCAACGCCAUUCGUCGAGAAAAGAAGUUGAAGGCCAGAGUUCAAGAGCUGGUGAGUGCCUUGGAGAGACUCACGAAGAGCAGUGAAAUCCGACAUCAGCAAUCUGCAGAGUUUGUGAAUGAUCUAAAGCGGGCCAACAGCAACCUGGUGGCUGCCUAUGAGAAAGCAAAGAAAAAGCAUCAAAACAAACUGAAGAAGUUAGAGUCGCAGAUGAUGGCCAUGGUGGAGAGACAUGAGACCCAAGUGAGGAUGCUCAAGCAAAGAAUAGCUCUGCUGGAAGAGGAGAACUCCAGGCCACACACCAAUGAAACUUCGCUUUAAUCAGCACUCACGCACCGGAGUUCUGCCCAUGGGAAGUAAACUGCAGCAGGCCACUGAGGACAGAAGGGCCCAUGUACUUGUUGGGAGGAGGAGGAAAGGGAAGGCUGGCAGGUAGGUCGGCACUUGGACAAUGGAGUGCCCCAACUCAACCCUUGGGGUGACUGGCCAUGGUGACACUGUGGACUGUAUCCAGAGGUGCCCGCUCUUCCCUCCUGGGCCCACAACAGCGUGUAAACACAUGUUCUGUGCCUGCUCAGCGGAGCCUCGUUUCUGCUUUCAGCACUCACUCGCCCCCUCCUCUUCUGGUCUGGCGGCUGUGCAUCAGUGGGAUCCCAGGCAUUUGUUUCUGUAAGAUUUUCCAUUGUAUCCUCUUUUUGGUAGAUGCUGGGCUCAUCUUCUAGGAUCUCGUUUCUCCUCUUUCCUCCUGCUUCAUGGGAAAACAGACCUGUGUGUGCCUCCAGCAUUUAAAAGGACUGCUGAUUUGUUUACUACAGCAAGGCUUUGGUUUCCAAGUCCUGGGUCUCAACUUUAAGACAGAGGCGGCCAUAAGAGGUGAUCUCUGGGAGUUAUAGGUCAUGGGAAGAGCGCAGACAGGUGUUACUUACAGUCCCAGAUACACUAAAGUUACAAACAGACCACCACCAGGACUGUGCCUGAAUAAUUUUGUAUUGAGAGAAUAAAAACUUCCUUCAGCCUUCAUUUUGGAGGCAGGGCUGGGAAGGGAGCGCUCUCUUGAUUCUGGGAUUUCUCCUUCUCAGUGGAGACUUAUUAAUAUUCAAGACUUAGAGCUGAGAAUCUUUUUGAUACCUGUAGUGGAACUAAAAUUCUGUCAGGGGUUUCUUCAAGAGCUGAGAAACAUUAUUAGCACUUCCUGCCCCAGGGCACUACAUAAUUGCUGUUCUGCUGAAUCAAAUCUCUUCCACAUGGGUGCAUUUGUAGCUCUGGACCUGUCUGUACCUAAGGACAAGACACUGAGGAGAUAUUGAACAUUUUGCAAAACUUAUCACGCCUACUUAAGAGUGCUGUGUAACCCCCAGUUCAAGACUUAGCUCCUGUUGUCAUGACGGGGACAGUGAGGGAAUGGUAGUUAAGGCUUCUUUUUUGCCCCCAGAUACAUGGUGAUGGUUAGCAUAUGGUGCUUAAAAGGUUAAAUUUCAAGCAAAAUGCUCACAGGGCUAGGCAGUACCAAAGUAACUGAAUUAGUUCAGGAAGGUCUUCCAUCUUAAAACAAAUUUAUUCUUUUUCAGUUUUACCUCUUCUCUCUCAGUUCUACACUGAUACACUUGAAGGACCAUUUACUGUUUUUUUCUGUAGCACCAGAGAAUCCAUCCAAAGUUCCCUAUGAAAAAUGUGUUCCAUUGCCAUAGCUGACUACAAAUUAAAGUUGAGGAGGUUUCUGCAUAGAGUCUUUAUGUCCAUGAGCUACGGGUAGCUCUAUUUUCAGAGCAUGAUACAAAUUCCACAGCCUUCUGUUCGCUGGAGGAUACUCCAGCCACCAAUUCGGAGGGCAGACAGUUGUAUCCUAAAAGCAACCACUGAGAGGCCAGCAGUGAGGCUGCCCAUCUCCAAAACGAAACAACAGAUCAACUGGUAUCAGUCUAGAAGGACCAGCUUUGGGGUGCUUUGAUCACUAUGAAAAUGUUCACUGGUUUCUGUCAAUCAUUUGGUCAAAGUUAGUUCCUGUGAUUUUUUUUUGAGAUGGAGUUUUGCUCUUGUUACCCAGGCUGAAGUGCAGUGGCGUGAUCUUGGCUCACUGCAACCUCUGCCUCCUGAGUUCAAGUGAUUCUUCUGCCUCAGCCUCCUGAGUAGCUGGAAUUACAGGUGCCCGCCACCAUACCCAGCUAAUUUUUGGUAUUUUUAGUAGAGACAGGGUUUCACCAUGUUGGCCAGGCUGGUCUCGAACUCCUGACCACUGAUCCACCCACCUCGGCCUCCCAAAGUGCUGGGAUUACAGGCAUGAGCCAAUGUGCCUGGCCAUUGCUGUGAUUUUUUAGAAUUUUUCACUUUUCAUAAAAAGUUGCAUUUUAUCAUGAGGAAAAUGUUUUGGCUGAAAAA